AUGGACCCCUCGGUGGUCUCCAGGACACAGCAGACUCUGGGGAAAGUCAUAAAGAAACCUGCUCUCAGCGAAAAGUAUCUGAACAAGCCUCCGUUCAGGUUCCUCCACGACAUCUUCACUGAGGUGAUCAGGACGACCGGCUUCAUGAAGGGACUGUUCACCGAGACCGAGCUCAAGUCGGACAACAUCAAGGAGAAGGAGGCUAAGAUGGCGUUCCUGCAGAAGGCCAUAGACUUGGUCGUCAUGGUGACCGCUGAACCUCUGUCGGUGAAACCCGCCCGAAUUGUGUCCGGACACGAACCAGAGAAAACCAAUGCUCUGCUGCAGGCCAUCGCCCUCUGCUGCAUCAACAAGGUCUCCAGUGAUGACGCAGUGCGGAGGCUUCUGUCCGGAGACAAACAGGGGCCACAGAACCGAGAGGAGGGCCCCCGCGGAGCUGAGGGAAAGAGCAAGAAAACAAAGUCUGAAGAACCUAAAGAGGAACAGACAGAGCGACAGAAGAACAAGGACCCUGAGCAACGUCACAGAGAGAGGAGAGAGAAGGAGAAACGAGAGGAGAGGAAGGAGGAGAAGAGAGAGGAGAAGGAGGACAAGAAGUUAGACAAGAAGUUAGACAAGAAGUUAGACAAGAAGGAGGAGCGGCGAGACGGAAAGGAGAGGAGGGAGAAGAGGAGUGAGGAGAGGGACAUGACCAAAGACAAACACAGAGAGAAGGAGAGAGAGCGCAAGCCCAAGACCCGGACCAGACCUGCUGAAGACCCACCUCAGCCUCAGGUGAGACCACACCCCCCUCAGCCUCAGACCACACCCACCUCAGCCUCAGACCACACCCCCCUCAGCCCCAGACCACACCCACCUCAGCCUCAGACCACACCCACCUCAGCCUCAGACCACACCCCCCUCAGCCCCAGACCACACCCACCUCAGCCUCAGACCACACCCACCUCAGCCCCAGACCACACCCACCUCAGCCUCAGACCACACCCCCCUCAGCCCCAGACCACACCCACCUCAGCGUCAGACCACACCCCCCCUCAGCCUCAGACCACACCCACCUCAGCCUCAGACCACACCCACCUCAGCCUCAGACCACACCCACCUCAGCCUCAGGCCACACCCACCUCAGCCUCAGACACACACCCCCCUCAGCUUCAGACCACACCCACCUCAGCGUCAGACCACACCCCCCCUCAGCCUCAGACCACACCCACCUCAGCCUCAGACCACACCCACCUCAGCCUCAGGCCACACCCACCUCAGCCUCAGACCACACCCACCUCAGCCUCAGGCCACACCCACCUCAGCCCCAGACCACACUCACCUCAGCCUCAGACCACACCCACCUCAGCCUCAGACCACACCCACCUCAGCCUCAGGCCACACCCACCUCAGCCUCAGGCCACACCCACCUCAGCCCCAGACCACACUCACCUCAGCCUCAGACCACACCCACCUCAGCCUCAGACCACACCCCCUCAGCCUCAGACCACACCCACCUCAGUUGAGACCACACCCCCAUGUCUGUGA